CUGCCAUCGAUUGUUAGCCAACUCUAGCAAACACAAAAUCGAGGAAAUAAUUUACAAUAUUUUGAAAAUUAAGGAAUAUUAAUCAGAAUAUUAUGUCUGGACUUGUAAAUUAUAGUAGCGAGGAGGAACAGGAUGAUUAUUCCUACACAAAAGCGUUGCCAAAUUCCUUUAGGGUGAACGUGAUAGACAACAACGUGCAUCUGGAUCUGGUGGCGGCGGCGGUGGUGGUAGCUACGAUAAGAAGCAACGACGUGAUCGUUCCAUGAGCUCUUCCAGUUCAAGCAAUGGCAGCGAACGUGGAACACCACCUCCUCCCCCUUCUCGCAAAGAGAAAGACAAAAAAGAACGUUCCUUCAAGAGUGGCGCAAACAACAUGAGCGGUAGCAGUGGCAGUCACUACAGCCGUCGUGAUGAUGAGGAUAAAUAUAAAACUGAUAGACGUUCGGAAAAGUAUAGUCGCGACUCAUCUCGCGAUCGUAAAGAUAACAGAAAAGAUUCGGCUAAAUAUGAUCGAGAUAAUCGUGGCAAUCGGGACAUGAGGAAUGACUAUAAAAGCCACGAUAAUGGGCAUUGGAAUAAUAAGAGGUACCCUGAUAAUAAGCGUCACAAUAAGGACUACAAACGUGACAGCGGUAGUAAACGUAACGACAGUGAGGCAGACCAUUAUCGAGAUGAAAAACGUUCACGUUACGAUGACAGAAAAAUGGGCCCAUCAUCCUCAUCGUCCAAUAAUUAUAAUAAAGAACAUUCUGGCAAUUCAUCUAAAUCUCGAUAUGAUGAUCGCAAAUCCUAUGAUCAACGAAGAGAUGAUAGACGGGAUGAAAAAAGAAUAAACGACGAAAGACGCAGUGAUAACAAUGGUACAUAUAAUGACAAAAGAGGAACAGAUUAUCGUAAAACUAAUGACUACCAUGAGAAAAAGGAAUAUCGUAACAAUGAUGAUCGCAAUGGCAGCAGUGCACAACGUUCGUCUUCGUCGUAUUAUCAGGAUAGAUCAUCUACCGGUUCAUAUCGGCCAAAUAGCAAAUAUUCCUUAGAUCGUCGUGAAGAAAAUGAACGUAAGUAUGAAGCAUCCUUAGCAUCAGGCCAUACCACUGCAGAUUCGCCCAACAAGAAAAAUGAGCGCAAUAGCUCACAAAGAGAUUGUCCCAAUGAACCAGUAUCCAGCCGUCCAGAUGAGUCCAAAUCAACAUUAUCGCAAUCCCAAACAGCUGGUGGUGGUGAUAUUGUUGAAAAGAAGGUUUUACCUUCGGCACGUAAUUUUGAAGCCCUCCUGUCCCUGCCUCUCAGUGAAACAGCACCAAAACAACCAAAUGUUGUCACAGUUCCUCCAAUUGCAACAAAACCUGAUGGUGAAUCAUCUUCAACAGCCCUAACGGUACAGUUACCUAGUUACUACAAUCCCAAAGUAAUCAAUCCCAAUAAAUAUGCCGAGCAAAUUCAAAAACGUAAACUAAUAUGGGGAGCCAAAAAAACCGAAGAUGCUGCAUCGAAAUGGGGUCAUGCACAGUUCUCCCAGGAUUCUGAUGGUAAAGUGGCCUCCAAGUUUAUGCGUCUCAUGGGUAUUAAAAAUGCUCCCACAGAAUCGAAUCCACCCGAGGGUAACGAGAAAAAGGCCGAUGCAACAUCCUCCAACACUAAUCCCGACUUCAAAUCCCGCGAAGCAAUGUUCUCAACAAUGGAACAGCAAUAUGAAGUUGCUCGUCAAGUUACCCACACAAUGCGUGGUGUUGGUCUAGGUUUUAGUUCCCAAACCAGACCUUAUUAAGUCAUGUAACAAAAAAAUAUCUAUUUUUGUUUUGUCAAGAGGAAAAUAUAUCAGAUUACUCGUAUAUAUUAAUUUUUUAAAACUAAAUACUAUGUAAACACCAAUCACAAUAGUAACAAACGAAAUCAACAUUUUAACCAUACAUUGAAAUUGCAAAGAAAAUGUAGAGAAAAUUCAACCAAAUUUAGUGAAUUAAAUGCAACUAAAAAAGAAAUAAAGUCAGAAAUGUUAUUGAAA